GCUUGAGGAAAUGGUGGCAAUCCCAGAAAAGGCAUGACACGUCCUGUUCACCAAGAUUUUUGGAACAGAAGAGCGGGAAAGCGAUAUGACCCCGCAUAUCAUGCGGAGGAAUAGGCAAGUCUCCCGUCCCGCCCCUGCAGCUGUGAUGCAAAGAGGACCAGUCACCGACGUGAGGCAGGAAAAUAAUCCCCCCUCCCCGGAAGCGGGUAGGGAGGUGGGGAGAGUGGGCAGCGAGCCGUCUCCAACCACUAGGGCGAGAGAGCGCGCAUUCUGGGGAAACAAACCCCGCCUAAAUAAUUGAGUUAGGAGCCCACUGCCUUCAGAGGCUCGGAGCGCACCUCCCCAGCUUCCUCUGAGUUGAGUAAGGGAAGAGCAGGAAAAGCGGCGGCUGACGGAGCGGAGAGCAGCUCAGUUGGCCGGUGGCACGCUGCGCCCGGAGACGCCUGCGGGAGGGAGAGCGGAGCCCCGCGAGCGGCGAGUGCGGGCAGGAGAGAGCGCAGCGGGUCAGGAGCGCACGCCCGCGGAGGCAGGAAGGGAGCGAGCCUCCGCGGAGGUCCAAGAGGUGCUGCUGCCCGGACAGGAUGCGUUUCGCCAGAGGCAACUCCAGCGGGGACAACGCCACUCGGGAAGGCGGGGAUCCGCCGAGGGACGGGCGCAACGAGGAGCUGGCCAAGGUGGAGGUCGCUGUGCUAGCCGUGAUUUUCGUGGUGGCCGUGCUGGGGAACAGCAGUGUGCUGCUGGCGCUGCACCGCACGCCUCGCAAGACGUCCCGCAUGCACCUCUUCAUUCGCCACCUGAGCCUGGCGGACCUGGCGGUGGCUUUCUUCCAGGUGCUGCCGCAGAUGUGCUGGGACAUCACCUACCGGUUCCGGGGACCCGACGGGCUGUGCCGCGUGGUGAAGCACCUGCAGGUGUUCGUCAUGUUCGUGUCGGCGUACAUGCUGGUCGUCAUGACCGCGGACCGCUACAUCGCCGUGUGCCACCCGCUGAAGACGCUGCAGCAGCCCGCGCGCCGCUCGCGCCUCAUGAUCGCCGCCGCCUGGGCGCUGAGCUUCGUGCUGAGCACGCCGCAGUACCUCGUCUUCUCCGUGAUCGAGGUGGACAACGUCACCAAGGCCUGCGACUGCUGGGCCAGCUUCAUCCAGCCCUGGGGUCCCCGCGCCUAUGUGACCUGGAUGACGAGCGGCGUCUUCGUGGUGCCGGUGAUCAUCCUGGGCACCUGUUACGGCUUCAUCUGCUACCACAUCUGGCGCAACGUCCGCGGGAAGACGGUGCCCCGCGAGGGCAAGGGCGCCGAGGGCACCGGCGGCGCCUUCCACAACGGGCUCCUGCUCGAGCCCUGUGUCAGCAGCGUGAAGAUCAUCUCCCGCGCCAAGAUCCGCACGGUGAAGAUGACUUUCGUGAUCGUGACGGCCUACAUCGUUUGCUGGGCGCCCUUCUUCGUCGUCCAGAUGUGGUCCGUCUGGGAUGAGCAGCUCCCCUGGGUCGAUUCGGAAAACCCGGCCACCACCAUCACUGCAUUGCUGGCUUCCUUGAAUAGUUGCUGCAACCCCUGGAUAUACAUGUUUUUUAGUGGCCAUCUCCUGCAAGACUGUGUCCAAAGCUUCCUGUGCUGCCACAACAUGAAGCAAGCAUUCAACAAAGAAGAUUCUGACAGUAUGAGCAGAAGACAGACUUCUUACACUAUGAACCGGAGCCCGACAAACAGUAUGGGUGCUUGGAAGGACUCACCUAAAUCUUCCAAGUUCAUCAAAUUUAUUCCUGUUUCAACCUGAGCCCCUCAUUCAUGCAACUGACUCUUGGGACAGACUUUCUUGCCCAUUGGCUGAAUCCAGCUCACAAUCUUGAGAACAAAUGAACUACAUCAGAUAAGCAUAUGUCAAUUUGUUGGGUAUAAGACUGUGUUUCUGGUUGCAUUUUCAUAUUGCUAUGACCAAAUGCUAUGACUUGGUUUAUACAGAAUGAUAAUAAAAACAUGCAACACUAAAAUGUUCAGGCCUAAUUCCCAGAAAUAUAACAAGUUCCUAAAGGAAAUAUAACAGAUGUUUCUAAAGGAAAAAUCUUGACCAUCCUGACGUUAUAUUUUAUUGUUGGUUUCUUCUCUUUUUACUUCUGAUAUAACUAAGCUUUGAUUGGUUUAGAAGUCAUAUAAUGUAGGGGCCUUAUUUCUGAACAAAGUGAGCUCACCAUCCAUUAGCGUUAGAGUUGGAAACAAAUUAGAAAAGACAUCAAAGAAAUUGUUUCCAUUCAAUAAAAUCAAUUUAUACAUCAGAAAAUGCAGCCUCAACCAGUGGCCUAGAGAUGGGAUGGUGCCUUGGAGAAGCAUGAGCAGGGGCGUGUCUGGUUCAGAGUGGAAAGAAGAAAGUUUUAUUAGAAGCUAUAAAUCACCUAAAAUUCCAAAACAGGAAGUUUAGAACUGGCAGUUCCCUCCUUUUGGUUCCUCAUGCUUUGUUGGUUGUGAAAUGCCAACGGACUAAGAUGCAGAAGGUUGGAAAAAUGUGUCAACUCACUGAUAAUCCUUUUCUUCUCCUGCAAGGUCGUUCUAAAUUCACAUUUGUAUCAGGAAUACUCAGUUUUAUUAGAAAAGUAGAAGUGGAUUGCCCAAGGUACUAUGCAGACUUUCUCUAGAACAGUGUAAACAUGUUUUGACCAGUGUCAAACUAUAACACUGCUAUUGGACAAUACCCUUUAACAAAACGGUUUGCUGGAUAUUAACAUGAUCAUUGCUUUACGGUUGGGGCGUCCAGAUUCAUAGAUAAGAAAGUCUGCUAAAGAGUGACUCGAGAUAUAUAAUGUCCCCUAGCAUUUAAUUAAAAAUAACUUGGUCUUUCCUUCCCAUCUCCCACCCUUUUAACAGUGCGGGUAGAAGAAAGGCAGGGUUUCUACCAGGAUGCAGAGGGAGAUAGGAAGAAAAAAAAACUGCUCUGUACCUCCUCUGGUUUUCUUCAUUGUUAAAUGCAUGACUUUAGGCAAAUUCUUUAAAAAUACAUAAAGCCUCUAUGUCCUUGGCUGUACAAUGGAGUUGAUAACACUCUCCUCACAGAGUCAUUGUGAGGACUAAAUGAAAUAAGUGUGUGAAAGAUCUUCAUAAAUAAACUGCCAAGUGCUAUACAAAUGCUAGUAGUUGUUUUAUUAUAGUCUUGGGGCCUUGAGAAUCUCUCAGCCUUUUUCUGUUUACUUUUCAUUAACCAGAAUUUGUUGGUUUCAUGUCUGGGAUAUAAAAUCCUAAAACUUAAAUAUAGCUUCGCUGAUUCAUUGGAAAGCACUGCCAGCGUCGCGGAGCCUGACUUCUAGCCUAACUCGUUUCCAACUUUAAAGACAGAACUUGCUUUCCUUUGAAUGCAGGUAAAUCAAAGCCAGCCGAGAGCAUCAGUUUCUUUCAUUUCCAAACAGAGGUAAAUCACAACACUAUUUGGCUGCUGUUACUGCUUUUUUUUAUUAAUGGAACUCAGUGGGUUUAUUCUGACUAGUUUGUCGGGCUCCUUUUCCUUCUUAGAGACCAUGCAAUAAUUUGAGGAUACAUCAUAAAUAUUUUGCAUCUCUUAAAGGAAGUAAUAGUUAUUUUAAUAGUAUUGGUGGUUUUAUUAUUAUUUUUAAAUAACUCUGUAGAUAAGAAACUGAGGACUGGAUUGCACUGUGAGAACCUGAACCCAGCAACUUCACUCCUCUUCAUUUUCUUGCCUCUCCAAAUUCUCAGGCCUUUUACUCCCUGGAUUGAUAUGCCUUAAAAAAAAGUUUGCAAAUGUUCUAUGGAUAUUAGGCCCUUAGGUCUUAGAAGUCUGCUUUUCAAAAAUAAAAAAUAUGUUUCUUAAAGGGUACUCUCCAAUAUGAGGUAUCAAUUAAAUUAAUCAAUUCUUUAUUAGUUGAGGCAUGGCAGCAUCUCAGUAACACUGCCCUCUGUAACAUUGUCAGCUUUUCGACAACUUCCCUUUGAUAGUUCAAAAAUGAAAUCCUUUGGGUUGGAUAAAAGAUGAAUCCACUUCUUUUUCUAAAUCUAGUUGCAAAAGAAUAACUUCAUGUUCUUGGUAUAGAUUGCCAAAUGUAAAACAAUUCAGUUUCAAUUUUACUUCUAGGAACAUCUAUCAAAUCAGGUGCAUAUCAACCUACCCAGCCAUGUUUUCUCCUUUUAAAUGCAUGAGAUGAGAUACAGAACAAAGGCUGGGGAGACCCCAGAGAUCCAGUGCUAGUUCUGCACUAAGCAAGUAUAUGGUCUUAUUCUCCGAGGUUUAGGCUUGUAGUUAAGAACAAAUGUGUUGUACCACCUUCUUUUAUUUUGCAGAGUUAUCUGUUGGGAGAUCCUGCAAGUACACCAUAUUAAUGUAUCUAUGUGGAUAUGGGGAAAUGAUUGAUAGAUAAUCACCUGCAGGGAGAAACUGGUGAUAUUGUCUACUGGGCAUUUGAUAAAUAUUAGUUGAUGCUGAAAAAAUAACAUUUUAAAGUACAUAAUGUACUUAAUGGAUUAAUUUUUAGACAUGUAUUUUCAAGGUAUAAAACUACUCAGCUUUUAUACUAAAAUAUCAUUUGGAACAUAACUGUGAAGAAAAUUAGUGAAAUUCGAUGGUUAAUUAUAUACUUGCCAUACAUACAGAAUUUCUUCAAAGCAGUCUUCAACCAUGAUUAAGGGAAGGGUGUGGUUUUUAAAGAGAAAAAGAAAAAUCAAGUCGUCCUAAUAACAUGCAGUACCCUCCUAAACAGAUUACAGUUCUUAGAAUGAACAAACCAUUGGUGAUUAAAAAACACAACUUUAAUCUGUUAUAGCACAAGUAAAGCAAUCCAAUUAUAUUAAAGUUUUAUAAACUUUAGAUUCUAAAACAUACAUUUUUGUAAUGUAAUUGGACAUGCAGAGCUUUAAAUUAUUAUAGCUUCAGAGUUUUCUCUACCACGAAAGCAUAAUUGGAGCUAUCUAGGGAGACAUUGAGCCUAGCCUCGCCCCGGAUAUCAAAGAUUAGUCUCCUUUCAGUCCACAUAAACUGAGCCCUAAUGGAUUUUCAUUCUGGAGGCAACAGCUCUAUUUAAAGUAAGACCAGGCAGGGCAGCUGGGAUGCUAGUCCAGGGGGUGCAGAAGCAGCCAUUCCCCACUUCCUCUCUCUCCUUCCCUGUGGCCCUUUUAGCACACUCAGUGUCGUUAGCAACACCGGGAAUCAUGAGUAACACAGAACAAUAAAUAUUAGAGAAUAAUUCUUUAUUCAAAUUUGAGCAAAAAUUUAAGAACUAUUCAUAAGAAGAGUUAUGUUCUCAAGGCAACCGAAAUGGGCUGCGUCACACAAGUUGUGUGAUUUCAUUGCAUACCAAAGCAUUUGAAAAAUAUUGUUCUAAAUCAAUUUUUAGAUAUAGUAAUUUAUCAUGAAUAAAAAUAUAUUUUAUCUAUAGUAUGUCACAUCAAAAAUAUAUAUAUAUUAUGGCUCAAUAUUAAAUGCCAUUAUUUACUUUUUAAUUUUAUAUAAUAUAAACUCACAUCACAUCUUUUUACAUUGAUUAUAUUCCAAAUAAAAACAAAGUGUCAUGGAGCGAGUUAAAUAUUUCUGUGUCCCAGGGUCAAAUUAGGAAAUACAGAAAAGAAACUUUGAGAAUAAAUCUGAUAGUAAUAUCAGAAUAAUUAUUAAUUAUUAUUAAUAUGAAAUAAUUAGCAUUUCCACACAUGAAGGUAGUUAUACUUAUAUCAUGGGAUUUAUGACAUAUUCUAUGAUGUAUUAGCUCAUUAUAACAAAUGUAUUAAAGAAUUAAUGUUGUAUAUUUAGUAUUUUAUUUUUGGAACUAUUAUUCACAUGUUCUAUAUCCCCUAGCUUAUUAUGCUACACUAGAGGCCCAAUGUACAAAAUUCAUGCAAGAGCAGGUCUUCGCAGCCCCAGCUGCCUUGGCCCUUACAGCCCUGGCUUCGUCCAGAAGGUCGUCCAGACGGUUGUUCCGUUGUUCGGCCGUUCACUCGAUUUGCAUAUUACACUUUUAUUAUUAUAGAUAGAUGAAUUUCAAUGUGUAUUCUUGAGGAAAUUGUAUGAUUCCGGUUUUGAUGGAUGUUGAAAUGUUUUGUAUUGUACCUAAUAUUUGGUCCUUUACUGAAAAAAAUGUCUUGUGGCAUUAUAUUGAAAUAAGUGGUGAAUUUAUUUCUUAAUUUUACUGUGUAUUGGCUUGAUUCUACAAAUAAAAAUAAAUCUCAAAGUU